GGCCAAUGUGACAUCACAAAUAGAUAAGGUUUAAAAGCGGUAAAGUGUUUGGCAGCUGACCUGAGUCAACAUGUUCGCCCUCAUCCUAGCAUCAGUGCUCAUCGCUAGCGCUUUUGGGUGUGGAAAACCACCCAUUGAGCCAAUCAGCUCUCGUGUGGUCAAUGGAGUGGAAGCCAAGCCUCACAGCUGGCCCUGGCAGGUCUCUCUGCAGUAUCAGAGCGGUAGCUCAUGGUAUCACACUUGUGGAGGAUCUAUCAUUGCCGAAAACUGGGUGAUGACUGCUGCUCACUGCAUCAGUUCUGGGCGCAACUACAGGGUGCAAGUCGGUAAGCAUGACCUGUCAGUAUCUGAGGCCGGCUCACAGACCAUCAGCGCACAGACGAUCAUUGUGCAUGAGAAGUGGAACGACAUAUUUGUGUCUAAUGGAAACGACAUUGCCCUGAUCAAGUUGUCUGAGCCUGUGACAGCAAGUGAUAGCAUUCAGCUGGGCUGCAUUCCUCCUGCUGGCUCCGUCCUCGAAAACAACUACCCCUGCUACAUUACAGGCUGGGGAAGACUCUCCACUGGAGGCGCUCUUCCUGACAAACUGCAGCAGGCACUGAUGCCCGCUGUGGAUCACGCCACCUGCUCCAGAUUUGACUGGUGGGGUUCCACCGUCAAGGAAAGCAUGGUUUGCGCUGGUGGAGACGGCAUUGUCGCUGGCUGCAAUGGUGACUCUGGCGGUCCCCUGAACUGUAAGAAUGCUGACGGCAUCUGGGAGGUGCACGGUAUUGCCAGCUUUGUUUCUGGUUUGGGCUGUAACACUGAGAAGAAACCUACUGUUUUCACCCGUGUGUCUGCUUUCAACGACUGGAUCGAUCAGGUCAUGCUGAACAAUUAAGAUGAGCCGAGGAUGCCAACCCCAUUUUAAUACCAGAAUACCAACCCGCCAAGAAAAAAGUAAAUAAAGACAUACUGUCUCAAUAAGGGA